GAGGAGAGAAUAGAGAACACAAGGCACUUCCGGUUACUCCGGAUGUGAAGACGCUUAAGCUCCUCCGCCGGCGGAGGGCCAGGGUGAAGGGAUGGCCGGGUGGACAGCGCGGCUGAUGCUACUAGCCGGGGCAGCCGCGCUAGCCAGUGGUUCCCAGGGCGACCGCGAACCGGUGUACCGCGACUGCGUGCUCCGGUGCGAGGAGCGGAACUGCUCGGGGGGAGCAUUAAAGCACUUCCGCUCCUGCCAGCCAAUCUACAUGAGUCUAGCAGGCUGGACCUGUCGGGACGACUGUAAGUAUGAGUGUAUGUGGGUCACCGUUGGCCUCUAUCUCCAGGAAGGUCACGAAGUGCCUCAGUUCCAUGGCAAGUGGCCCUUUUCCCGGUUCCUGUUCUUCCAAGAGCCAGCUUCUGCUGUGGCCUCUUUCCUCAAUGGCCUGGCCAGCCUGGUGAUGCUCUGUCGCUACCGCACCUCUGUACCAGCCUCCUCGCCUAUGUAUUCCACCUGCGUGGCCUUUGCGUGGGUCUCCCUCAAUGCUUGGUUCUGGUCUACAGUCUUCCACACCCGGGACACCGACCUCACCGAGAAAAUGGACUACUUCUGUGCCUCCACCGUCAUCCUGCACUCAAUCUACCUGUGCUGUGUCAGGACCGUGGGGCUGCAGCGCCCGACUGUGGCCAGUACCUUCCGGGUUGUCCUGCUGUUAAUGCUGACCGCGCACGUCUCCUACCUGAGCCUCGUCCACUUCGACUACGGCUACAACCUGGUGGCCAAUGUGGCUAUUGGCCUGGUGAAUGUGGUGUGGUGGCUGAGCUGGUGCCUGUGGAACCAGCGUCUGCCUCACGUGCACAAGUGCGUGGUGGUGGUCCUGCUGCUGCAGGGGCUGUCCCUGCUGGAACUGUUGGACUUCCCACCUCUCUUCUGGGUCCUGGAUGCCCACGCCAUCUGGCACAUCAGCACCAUCCCCGUCCACGUCCUCUUUUUCAGCUUUCUGGAAGAUGACAGCCUGUACCUGCUGAAGGAAUCAAAGGCCAAGUUCAAGCUGGAUUGAAGGCCCUGGGAGCGGGUCUGCCCUAGUGGGGAUUCUGCCCCCUCCCUGUUGUAUCCCCUUCUCCCCCCGGUCUUUGAGAUGAUUUAUUUUUUCCCUUUUGCAUCUUGAACUUAAAUAUGAAGGAUCAUGUAACCUGCCCACUCCCUUGCUCGCCCCCACACGGCCCUCACAGGUCUUGACGUCUGUUCAGGCCUGGCCUCUGAGCGUCUGGGGUAGGGAACGGGUAGCCAGCCCUCUGGUUCCUGAACACAACUGGUGUAGAACUGUGUUCUUAGCUCCACUGAGAAGAGAGAGCUGCCUGUACCUCCCCAUCAGCUUCCUCCUCACAUCUCCUCACUGCCUGGCCGGUUCCCCUGGCCCUCCGUCUAGCUGGGAGACCAGGUACCAGAUGCCAGGAGUUAGGGGACACAGUGGGGUCCCCUUUUGUCACCCCCGUGUCCCCCUCGCCCCCCGCACCCUGUGCCCUCCUCUAGGGACCACUAGGUGGCACUAGAUGCUUACUCUUUAGCUGCCCCUGUUUCAAGGCAGUUCACAUUCCCUCGUGGGAUCUUGAGGACCAAGCUGUUGGGAUUGGGGAUCAGUGUCACCCUGACUAUUGCCCUGGUCACACCGCAAGAGGCCACAUUCUCCAUUUGGGGCCAGGACCCCAGAGAGCACAGGACAGGAAUCCCCCUGGCCUCUGUGUUGCUGUCCUGGUUGGGAGCCUGCACACGAGUGUGUACAGGAGUGUGGACCAGACCAAGUGUGUAGGUGACGGGAUGGUGAGCACAGGCCUGGGUGUGUGGGGUGCUGGGUGGACAGUGUAUGUGAUCCUGGGCCUGGGACAGUGCAGAGUGGUUUUAAAGUGUGUGUGUUGGGUUAGUAUGGAGUAGGGGAAUAGACAUAGACUGAGUGUAAGAUGAGUGUUAGUGCAGGUGAGUGUGCCACACAGUGGGGGGGCAUUGGAGCAGGAUGAGGGAAUCGAGUCACAAUGAGCAACCAUUUAUUGAGCACCAACUGCACAAAGGCCCAGGCCAGGCAGAAAGCCAGGAUAUCCCCAAGACCUGGCUGGGGGUAUGGGUGUCUAGGCUGCGUGUGUGUGUGUGUGUGUGUGUGUGUGUGUGUGUGUGUUUCUGUAGCCCCGCCCCACCCUUUGCAAACCACAUAGGGCCCCCACACAACUCAAGAUCACCUUCCAGAACCAGCCACUUGGGAGGCAGAGAGAGGAAGGAAAAUUGGGAUUCUCUGGGCCCCACCAGCCUCCCUGUCUCCUCCCCUACCCCAGUGCCCUGUUUGUUAAACCCCUUUGCCACAGCCUGAAUCCUGGGGAAGGGAACAGGCACUCUGAGGGAAGAGGGGAAAAGGCUUAUGGUUAGGUCUGGUUUCUAGCCUUCCCAGAGGCAGGCAGGGGCCACGCUGUGUCUGCACCCUGGUAAAGGUGACCCCUGCCAGUUGCUGGCAGCCCUGGGAUAGAAUGUGGCACUCCAGAAACUUUCCAUCCAAAGGCAGUCUCUGUGAUUGCAGCAGCAAGUCUGGCUUCUUGUUCUUCACCUGCUGCCUUGUCCCUUUCUGGGGUAAGCGCACCAGGCUAGGACUCCAACUGAAGGGACUUGAGUGGCUUGUGUUAAUUUCUUUUGAUACUGAGAACUAUUUUAAGGUGGGAGGGAAGCAAGGGACAUUCUUAAUAAACCAAUUUUCAGCCUCA